AUGACGAAACUCAAAAGGCUAUUGGGAAAAUUCAAAGACAGGGCUUCAGAAGGAAAAGCCGUCGCCGUUCAUGCCUUCCGGCCGAACACAAAGUCUCUUCACUUAGCCCUUUUGAAAUCCACCAAUCACAACUACGACAACCCACCGGACGAUGACUACGUCGCCGCCGUCGUGUCCUAUUCCGGCAGCCGUCGGUACGGCCAAUCACUCAUCGUCCUCCACAAACUUAUCAAACCCGAACACGGGUUUAAUGGAGAAAUCUAUAUACAGGGUCAUCAUCUAUUUUUCACGGAAGGAAGAAACAAUCUCAAACUCAACAAUUUUCGUGAUGAAUCUUCUCAUCUGACCCUCGAGUUGUCUCCAUGGAUUAGAUGGUAUGCGAAAUAUCUGGAUUGCCUCUCGUCGACAUGCAGAGUUCUAGGGUUUUUCCCGAGCAUUACAGCUUACUCGAAAGACAAGGCCGUGGAGAAACAUCGUGUAUCGUGUUACAAAACCGGUCACAUAAUCGAACAAACCGGUUAUCUCGUGAGUUUCUUCGAACAUAUACGUCAAAGACCAGAAAAUCCGGCGCUAUACCGAAACAAGAUCGUGGACGAGAUCAGAGAACUCGUGGCCCAAGACUAUUUCUCGGUAAUGCGAUGGGUUAUGGUACGGCUUGAAGUGUUGAACGAGAGGUUGUCUAAACCGGGCGUUGGUUUUUCCGAGUCGGACGCAUUGGGCCCGGUUUUGGUGAGGCUUGAAAAGUCAACGGGAACGUUGACUGAGUUUCCUUGGCGGUACAGAGUUUUGGUGGAAGAUUUUUGGGGCGUCGUCAGGGGAUUGAAGGGUAAUGCCAUAAGGGGAAAGUGAAAUAAAAUGCUCGUGAGAUAUAAAUAUGUGGCUCGUGAACCGGUCCAAAUUGAACAGAAAACCGGCCCGGUUUUGAGUCGGUGUCAACGGUUUGGAUUUUGGUUUGUGAGUUGUGUAUAUAAUCAAUGUGGGGAUUAUCGAUUUGCUUGUAUAAAAUUUCGUAGUCAUUUCUCAUGUGUUUUGUAUAUAUCGAAAUAAAGA